AUGCCUGAACGUCUACAGAAGAAAGAAAGAAGAAAAAGUUUAGGUGUUUUCAGUCCGCCAUUCUCUGCAUCAUCUGCAUCUCCGUCUACAAUUCGUCCCUCACUCGAUGGCCGUACCACGUCGGAUGAUAUCUUCCACAAAGAUAAGAAGGCUCGCCGCAACUCCAGCUUCUUUAGCCGCUCUCAGAGCCCGAAUCGAUGGCCUGCAGGAGGGAAUGUCUUGCGCACACCUGUCACACCAGGUGGACAUGCUGCUGCCUGGCCUGUAACAACGGCCAAUGCCUCAAUUCCCAUUCUUGGUACACCUCGCCCCCAACCUCGUCGCAAGUCUAUUGGGCAGAAGAAGCGAUCCUCAGUCUUUGGCUCAUUGAUGUCUCCGCCCCCGGUGGAAGGUGAUGAUAAUAUCGGCGCUUCUACUACCUCUAUGGGUGACGAUCAAAGACCGAUUAAUUCCCGAAAUGGGAUCUGGUCCUCUUCAAUUCUUCAUCAUGGAGGAAUUCAGACGACCGGCGGCAUAUGGCGCAAAAAGAGUCAUUACCUGGUUCUGACUGACUCACAUCUUAUCCGGUUCAAGAACCAGGCCAAGGCUGCUGAUACUUUCCCCUCUAUUCCAUCCUCUUACAAUAAAUCUCAGCCGCACCACCGCCAGUCCGUGGCCUCGAUAGGUUCCAUGCAGGAUAUGCAGUCACUGGUACAGAGUAGUGAAUCCUCUACAGGGAUCCCACUGAAUAGUAUCAUUGCAGUCUACAUGCUCGAAGAUGGUCGACUUUCACCUACUGUCGAGGUGGCUUACUUGGAUGAACGCGCACACAAAGGUGCAUUGAUCCAGAUGCAGACAUCCGAUCCUCAGGAGCUAAAUUUGUGGAUGGUGGGAAUUCGUCAGGCAGCGCAGAUCGCUCGCGCAAUCGAUCCUUUGCCUUUUGAUCGGCCCUCGGUUGAGUUCGCGAUAAGAAUGCUAGAACACGAGAGAGAUUACGACCCAUCUACUUUCCGAAUGUUUCGCGUGAUACAGAUUGCUUCGAGCAAAUAUCCUACUCGUUCUUCUUCUGAUGAUCUCACGAAGCUAUCUCCAACUGGCUGUUAUCUGGCCAUUGGUUUGCACAAAGUUCACCUGCUACCUAUGCAGAAGGCCAACAGUCGAUCGUCGGUAGUAUCUCUUUACGAAAUGGAGUCAUCCAGUCAAUCGUUCGGCCUCAUGAAUUUGACUGGGCUGUCUAUGGAAUAUGGCGAUGAUAGCUUGCAUCUGACUUUCCGGCUUCCAUUGCAGAAAUCAUUUAACGUGUUUCUAGCAUCCGUUCAUUCGGUUGAAGUCGCCUGUUGGAUCCGACAGCAUACCGAGUUCCUGCGUCCGCUGUGGACAAGGCAGCCGUAUGACUUUGUUGUGCCACGCGAACUGAACAACGAGAAAAAUUUCCCUCCUGUCGCUCUAGACGAAGAUUAUGGCUGCUUUGAUCGAACCUUGGUUGCUUAUUCUGCUAGUUAUGAGAUUGAUACAUCGCAGAUUCGAUACACCAUUGACUUGGAGUGUGAAGAUGCGCCGUGCUUUCGUCUACUUCGGCCCGAAUCUCCCAGAUCGCGAUAUAGCGCACUGGAGCUGAUUGCAGUAAUGCGUGCGCUUAGAUACAAUGAGUCGUUUCAGUCCAUUUCGUUCCGGUGUGUUAAUCUGGAUGCAUUGCAGGGCUUGUUCGACGUUCAUGGUGUGGAUCCUGACGUUCAUCUCGAUAAGGCGGGUGGCAUGGUGCAGAUUCCUGGCCAAGCAACUUUAUCCGUCUUAUCACAAGAGGUGCGCGCACUGGCUCUGAAAAGCACAUGGUUGUGUCGACUUGAUUUCUCAUAUUGUCUUACACGCGUGCCGACGUUGGACAAAGGGAGCCGAGACCCAGGCUGUGGAAUUCCGGAGGCUAUUUUCCCUCUCUGUCGCCGGCGAAUGACAAACGUGAACUGGGUGGUUCUGAACGGGAUCAAACUCGGUGAGUCGGACUUAGACUAUCUAGUUGAUGCCGCAUCACAAAGCCAGAGUCGUCUGCGCGCGCUGGAGGUUGGAGAUUGUGGUCUUUCUGUCCACGAUCUCGACCUCGUGCUCUCCACCAUUGUUGCCCAAGAGUCGACACUUGAAGUUAUCAAUAUUGCCGGAGUGCAAGGCCGGUUGAAUCCGGAAAUGCUCCAGCAGUAUAUCGGUUACUUUAGUCAAAUUCGGAAGAUCAAUCUGUCGCGCAUCUCUCGAACUUCGGGCUCUGAUCCGCUUAUCUCUGCAGAAAUGCUGUUCAACUGGCGACUCGAGGAGCUUAUCCUCAGUCGCACGCUUGUCAAUCGCAAGACCGUAGAUGCCCUUUCCACCUACCUAGCCAGCGACCGUUCUCACGAUCUGCGCAUGAUACGCCUUGAUCAGUGCGGUCUAAGUGGAGAAGAUGUGGCCAUGUUCAUGCACUCCAUGUCCAGUGGAUCAGACGGCCCGCGGAGCCUACACCUACAUGUAAAUGAAAACCGUCUGGACAUUGGUUGCUCACACUUGUUCGACGCCGUUGCCAAGAAUGAUACCCCAUCUCACCUUUCUAUGCAAAUGAUUGAUUUCAAAAAGGAAGAACACUUUCGUGAAAUGAUUGAUGCGUUUCGCCACAAUACCUCGCUCCGCUAUUUGGAUAUAUCGAAGGCUUCGCUUCCUUACGACGCUAGUCCUGAAACCUGCCGGUCCCUUCAGCUGAUGUUUGAACAAAACGGAACGCUCGAAGCCCUGGACAUCAGCGGAGAGAGCGCGCAUUUGGAUGUUGCUCGGUUUGGAAUCGGUCUUAAUUUGGCUCUCACGGGCUUGAAAAAGAAUAAAUCUCUCAAGGUUCUGAAAAUUGAACACCAAAAGCUUGGUCUCCAAGGAGCGAAUACCCUGGCUUCUGUGUUGGAAGAGAACACAUCGCUACGUGAGGUGCAUUGUGAAAAUAACGAUAUCAACCUGCAGUCAUUUACAGUGCUGGUCAAUGGCCUCCAGUGCAAUCGCACCUUGCUCAGUCUUUCUGUAAUGAACAAAGACCGCAUCUCGUCACUUACCACCGUGCGUCGAGAAGCCGAUAGCGCCAAAGGGGACGCGAGCAUAGUCCAGGCUUCAACUGGAUACUCUAUUCGUCGAUCCAUACAUGCGGCAAUCGGCUCUCGGUCUAACAACCGACUCACCAAGCCUCCACCAACUCACUCACCGUCGUCAUCUCUGGAUGCUUCACCAUUUGGAGCCCACAAUGUGGAUGUGAUCUUGCAAGCUCUUCAAAACAAGUGGGACAUCGAAAUUGCUCGUUUGGGCCGCUACCUCCUUCGCAAUUACAACAUCGCGAACGGAAUUGAGGACAACGAUAAUGAUGACGAUGCAAGUGAUGGACGACCUGGCACAGCAGCAAGUCUGGGCACGAUGUUUGCAAAUUUGAAAUUUGAAGUGGCCGUCUUGGCUGACGAGAUCCAAUCAUCUCCACCCAACAACCCUGAAUCUGCGAGUCGCUUUUCCGAUGACAUAAUAGACCAGCCCCUCGAGCUGAAGCCUCAGUCGGGAGCGAAGCCGGCAGUCAAACCAAAAAUCUUGUCCAAAACCAGUCGUAUGAGAAGUGUGCCGAAUCUACGACAGCAAGUACCGCAAAGUGCACGCGCUGCACCAAUCUAUCCUCCCGAAUAUGGAUCUGCCAGCUCCUCUACACGGUCAGCCGUUCCCGUGCCUGCAGUACCUCGCGCAAUCGCCAAAGCAGAGAGCGUCCACAGCGUGCGAAGCUCCAGUACCUCCUCUACAAAUGCGGGUAGUACUCGCAGUGCCUAUGGCAUGGCCUCAUCUACCCUCCGAGACUUUUUGACAAGUAACGCCUCAAAGGAACGCCGUCGCGUCGAGUCCAUGCGUCCUCCCGUCUGCGUCAAGGAACUCAAGGACGACCAACCACCUCGUAUUGACUGGACACCACCAAAAAUCGAUCUGCAAGAUCUCCAUUAG